CAUCUCACUUAUCAAACGUCCGCUGGACCUAGUAUACUUUACGUUCUUCCUGAUCCACAUCCCAGCAACGAUAUGCAUGGACCUACAGUCGUUCUAUCCGCCCCAGUUCGUCCCACAAAUGCUGAAAGACUUCCACGCAUGGUAUCUCGCUACGACCAACGAUCCUGUCGUCUCUGGCGCAGCGGGACUCGUUGGGAAACCGGGCGAAUUCGCUUGGAUCAAGUCGUUCUUCCUCCUUGAAGGGCUGUUCCAGCUCCCGACGUUCUUUGUCGCGUUGUAUGGUCUAUGGAUAGGCUCGGCGCGCAUCAACCUCCUCAUCCUCAUCUACGCCGCAUCGACCACGACCACCGUCCUCGCAUGCGUAUCGACCGUACUCGAGCUUCCCACCACAAGCGAGCUGACGAUCAAGGCGGGGCUGAUGUCGCUCACCGAUGUGCAACGGUAUAUGCUGCUUGCGAGCUAUGUGCCGUUUAUGCUCGUUCCCGCCGUCAUGAUGGUGGAUAUGGGACUGCGCACGCUCAGGUUGGUCGAGACCGCAACGAAGCUGACUAAGAAGAGCGAUCCAAAGAGCUCCUGAAGGUCAUGAAGAGUGCCGAUUCUGAUGUACAUAAUAAGUUUGCCCGCAGAUAUCUCAUGAAAGGUGUUCAAGAGUGAACGUUCCGAGAUAAUGCACCUGCUGCAGAGGUGGAGGAGCGAUGUUCAGUCGAUUUGUUUGUGUAUCUAGCCUGCGUG